AUGUCAUUUGUUGGGCUUUCUUUAAGUUAUAGUAAUAAUAAACUUGGUGGUGCUUUAUAUGAUGGAAAUACUCACACAUUGUCACUUAUUGAAGAUAUAUCAGAAGAUUCUGAUUUUAAACUCCUAGAUACACUUCUUAUACAGACGAAUCCAACUCACGUAACUAUAAAUGUUUCACAAUCUGAUGAUUUUAUUAAAUUUGUUACUGAUAAGAGUAAUGAGCCUCGAAGAAAUUCUCAGGAAUAUGAUUCUGAAGAGUUAGAUGAAAACUAUGUUCCUGAGACACAAUUUAACACUGAUAAUAAUAAGAAAUUUAAAUGUCCAUCAUUAGCAGAUUCAAAUAUUGUUCCAGAAACCCAGGAAUUUUCUAAUGAUGAAAUUGGUGAUGAUCAAGGCGAUGGUCCAAUUAAACAGUUUCAAUUAACUGAAUGUCCCUCAAAUACCUACUCUAUGGAUGAUGCACGAAAUUUAAUUAAAAGAAUGUAUGAAUCUGGUCAAUACGAACGUAGUAAUGUGGAAAAUUAUAAUGAAGCAUUUAAAAUAGAUAAAUCUUGUGUUAAUAUGGUACAGUCUAUUGGAGCACUUUUAAAAUUGCUGGAUCGCUUAAGAGUUGGUGUUGAAUUUGAAGAUUGUUCUAUGAAAACACCAAUAAAAACUAUUAAAUUACUAUCAAUUAAUAAGAUUCUUGAAAUUGAUCAAGAUUCAUUGUCAGCAUUGGAUAUUUUUGAUAAUGAAUACCAUCCAUCAGCAACUAGAAUUUUUGGUCGUAAAUGGGGUAAUAAACCAAAGGAGGGUUUGUCAUUAUUUAAGUUUUGCAACCGAUGUUCAUCUUCAAUGGGUAAACUAGUACUAAAAUCAUGGUUUGAGAGGCCUUCUGCUGAUUUAGAAACGAUUGUCACUCGUCAUGAUGCUGUAGACUUUUUUAUGGAUGAUCAAAACAUUGAAUCAAUUAAAAUUAUUAAAAGUAACUUAAGAAAUAUUAAAUCAUUAGAACCUAUUUUUAAAAGAUGUAGAGAGGGAAUCAUGAGACCAAGUGAUUGGAAAUCAAUUUUUAUUUCAUUAACUUGUGCAUUUGUUAUCAAGGAAGAAUUAGUUAAAUGUAGAUGUUCUUUAAAAUUGUUAGAAAAUUUUGAAGAAUACUUCUCAAAAGAUAUAUCUUGUCUUUUAACUCUUUUUAGUGAAGUAGUAGAUUUCGAUGGAAUUGAAGAUGAAAAUAGGUUUGUAGCAAAAAGAUAUAUUGACAAAGAAUUAGAUAAAUUAAAAGAUUUCUAUGAUAACAUAUCUAAUGUUUUAACAGAAAUUGCUGCUGAAGAAUUUGAACUAUAUAGACUUGAAGCAUGUUCUGUUGUUUAUAUACCUAUAUUUGGAUAUUUACUUGUGAUUCCUUCUAAUAUAUUAGGACCUUUUUCAAGAAGCAUGGAGCUUCGUUUCACUGAAAAUGGUAGCAAUUUCUUUAAAACACCAAGAAUGAGGGAUUUAGAUGAAAAACUUGGUGAUAUAAAAUUUAAAAUUAGUGAUUUGGAGACGAAUAUAAAACUAAGACUUCAAAAGCGUGUUGUAGACAAUAUUGGCAAUAUCAGAAACAUUCUUAAAAUUAUUGCAUUAGUUGAUUGUGUAGUUGCAUUAGCUUCAGUAUCUAAAGAAUUAAAAUGGUGUCGACCAACAAUGGUUAAAGAACCAAUUUUAGAAAUAUCUAAAGCAAGGCAUCCAAUUGCUGAAUGUUUAGCUGGAAACUCUUAUGUACCUAAUCCUAUUAAUAGUGGAGGUUCUCAUACAAAAGUCAAAUUAAUAUCUGGACCUAAUGCAAGUGGUAAAUCUGUAUAUUUAAAAAUGACAGCUAUAUGUAGUUAUAUGGCACAAAUAGGUUGUUUUGUUCCUGCUACUACAGCUAAAAUGGGUAUUGUUGACAAAAUUAUAGUAAGAAUGUACACUUUAGAUUCAGUUCUUGAUGGGAUGUCAACAUUUGCCAAAGAUAUGAAACAAAUGGGUGUAGCAUUAAAUAGGAGUACUGGUAAAAGUUUAGUAAUUAUUGAUGAAUUUGGAAUUGGAACUAUUAAAGAAACUGGUUUAGGAUUAUUUGCUUCAAGUUUGAAUUAUUGGAUUAACAAAGGAAAAAUAAAUUGUCCACAUAUUUUUGCCAGUUCUCAUUUUCAUUCUUUACCUAAUUACUUAAAAAAUGAUCCUUCUAUUUUAUCUUAUCAUACCAUGCGAUAUCAUAUAGAAUCAGAAAAGUUAACAUUUUUAUAUUGCUUAACUAUUGGAAAAGUUGAGAGAUCGUUUGCUAAUUAUGUAGCUCUUAAAAAUGGAGUACCACAUGCUGUAAUAGAACGAAGUGAACAUGUAUAUGAAGAAAUAAAAAAAGGUGUAGACAUAAGUGAAAUAGAAAAACUUAACUAUGAUACUGAUGAAAGAGAUGGGCGUAUAGAAGAAAUAGUACAAAAAUAUAUUCUUCAGUUUGAACGUUGUGAAUUGAAUGAAGAUUAUUUGGAAUUUUUGCAAGCAAUAAAAAUGGAAUUUUUAGAAGUAUUUGAUUUGGAGGACGACGAUAAUUUACUUAGUCAUCCUAGCAUAAUAUCCUGA